ACUGACAAAGCCAUAAUCCCUAAUCCUUCUCUGUUUCUUCUCCCAGCUCUUGGCGCGUUGUUCUUCCGUAGGUUCCAAUCCAGCGAAAAUGCAGGCCAGCGAUAGGUUUAACAUCAACUCCCAGCUCGAACAUCUCCAGGCCAAGUACGUCGGCACCGGCCAUGCCGAUAUGAACAGAUUCGAGUGGGCGGUGAACAUUCAGCGAGAUAGCUAUGCUUCUUAUGUUGGCCACUACCCAAUGCUGGCUUACUUUGCUGUUGCUGAGAACGAGUCCAUUGGAAGAGAGCGCUACAACUUCAUGCAGAAAAUGCUUCUGCCCUGUGGCCUACCACCUGAAAGAGAAGAUGAAUGAAUCUUGGUUAGAUGCCUGGAAUUAUGGAGCCUCACCUCCAAGGUUAAGAUCCAGCAAUUCCAUCCUAUGAGUGCUUGACUCGUAUGUUCAACGGGAUGAGUAAAUGUUCGAUGCCAGUAAAUCGAA